UCUAAGAGGAAACGACACCGGCCUUUUCUGCUUCUGCACAUGUGAGCAGCUCUCCUUGAGGGAUACCAUUAGCGGAAUAAGAAUUCAGCAAGAGCAACUAGGAAAGAAUCCCAAAGCUUUCCGGCCUAUAUUAUUUUCCCUCCAAGAGCUUCUCUCCUCUACGGCGAGUUUCGCAGCAGAAUACCGGCGAGUUAGGUUGCAAGGCGGUUCAACGGCGAUGGACGGCUUUUUUAUUUGUGUGAGGAGCGGGAGAGUUAAAUCUUACUUAAAGAUUUGAUUUUUGAAGAGGAUUUAGUUGUGGGAUUCGCCAUUUGAUGCAAAGAUGAGAGCUUUGAGCAGUUUAGGAAUAGGGCUCAGCCUUGUAUCUGGUUUCCUGCUACUGGCUUUAAUUGCAGAGCUGUACUACUUGUUCUUAUGGAAGAAGAAACUUGCAAAUAGAGAGACGGAGGAAGACUACCAGAGCCCGACAAGAGAGCUCCUCUACAUUUUCUGCUGGAAAAAACCUUCCUUUUUGAGAUCAACUGCUCUCAAUCCUCAAGAAGUAUGCAGCUCCGUGCACAUACCUAACGGAUCUGAUGAUGCCCACAUAGAUUCCAGCUCUAGCAAAGAUUUCCUGAUUCCUUUUGGAGGUGGAGAAGAAAGUGUGGAGGCUGAGCUGAUGAGGCUUCACAGUCUGUCUGGUCCUCCAAGGUUUCUUUUCACCAUAAAGGAGGAGACAAAGGAGGAUUUAGAAUCUGAGAGUGGAAGAAGCAGGAAAGGGUCAAGAGGGGGUAGCUUGGGUGAUUUGCUUCUCCCUUCUGAGACUCCAUUUCUAACCCCUCUCUCAUCUCCUCCUUUCUUCACUCCACCCUUAACCCCUAUGGAUUGUUACAAACAUCAUGGAUUCAAUCCCCUCUUUGAGUCCACAAGAAAUGAGGAUUUGGUCAGUAAGGUCAGGUCCUCACCUCCUCCUAAGUUUAAGUUUUUGAAAGAUGCUGAGGAGAAGCUUUAUAGGAAGACACUCAUGGAGGAAGCUUUCAAGGCUCAAAAAGCUAACGUUGGGUUUGUUGAAGAUGUGUCAAAAGCAAAUCAAAUCUCUUCUGUUGCUUCAGCAGGGCGUGAUGCUUCUUCUUCUCCUUCAGAUGAAGAAGAUGGGUCUUUUAUCACUAUUGUCAUUGGGAAGAACAGAGAGAAAGGGCAUCAUCAUAAUUCAAGUUCCUCACAAGUGAAUCCAUUGCCUUCACCACCUCCUGUUAUCAGACAAGCUCAUUGGAAGCUUGGAUAAAACUGAAGUUCUAAGGAGUGGCACCAAAAAUUGAGGUUUUAAGGUAGCUGCCAUGUUGCUCACUCACCAUUUGAUAUGUUAGAAAAUAUGUAGACUGCAUUUAACCGGUUUUUUUCUUUCUUAUCUUUAUCAUUUUUUUGUUCUCUUUUUCUUCAGUAAUCUGGAUUUUCUUUUCCUUUUUAGCUCUUGAUUUGUGUGUAGCUAUCCAAGGAAUCUGCCCUCUUCAUACUUAGGAGGUUGCUAAUAUGUGAACUAUUUAGUCAUCAUUCCAAGAUGAUAAAAAAUGUAUAUAUGAAAUGUUAAUGAGAGAAACUUUCAAAAAAAAAAUGUGAAUGGACUUUUUAGUUCUGGUC